AUGCCCAAUCAAUCGGUGGUAGCAGGUUAUCUAGCCAUCAAUUCCGUGUUGCCACUCCUUGCUGGCGUCAGUGGUGUGCAAAGCCUAUGGGAGCAUGAGACAUACUGUGGGUCGCGCUGGGAGUUCUUGUGGGAAUGGGGUUGUCGAAAUGCUGCUGAGCGCAUAUUCAAGAAGAAGGAACAGAAUGAGGAGAAGGAGAUAGAAAAAGAGAUGGUGGGUGGGGAGUCGUGGGUUUUGCGGUGCAUCACGGCGGUCUUCGCUUCGUUCGUUGGUCUGCCAUUCUUCAUGGAUUUAUUGUUGGCGGUUGUCAUGCAUGACUGGAAGGGCUUACCAACCGGCGAGUCUCGUUACGUUAUGAUGUUUUUUGUUGCGUAUGUAGAUGCUUGCUUCCUGCCGCUUUUUAGUCUGUGA